AAGAAGAAGAAGAAGAAGAGGAGGAAGAAGAAGAGUUCUAACGUUGACGACAGUACGUGAAGUGUCCAGGAUGGGGCGGUCCUCCAAAGACAAGCGGGACAUAUACUACCGUCUGGCUAAGGAAGAGGGUUGGAGGGCCAGAAGCGCUUUCAAGCUGCUGCAGCUGGACCACCAGUUCAACCUGUUUUCAGGUGUGAACCGAGCUGUGGAUUUGUGUGCAGCACCAGGAAGCUGGAGUCAGGCUCUCAGCCGCAAACUCAGAGGCAGAAAGGAGGAGGUGAAGAUUGUUGCAGUGGACCUGCAGGCCAUGGCUCCUCUGCCAGGAGUCACUCAGAUUCAGGGAGACAUUACAAAGGUGUCCACAGCUCAAGAGAUAAUCCGUCACUUCGAGGGGCAGCCAGCCAACCUGGUGGUGUGUGAUGGAGCUCCAGACGUGACUGGACUCCAUGAUGUGGAUGAGUAUAUUCAGGCUCAGCUCCUAUUAGCUGCUCUGAACAUCACCACUCAUGUCCUGACACCUGGAGGAACUUUUGUAGCCAAGGUUGGAUCAUUCUGUCUUCCUCCAAUAUUUCCUAAAUUCACACCUGUCUACCGUGAACAGAUCUUUAGAGGUAAAGAUGUAACUCUACUGUACUCUCAGCUGAAAAUCUUCUUCAGCAGUGUGACUUGUGCCAAGCCUCGCAGCAGUAGAAACUCGAGCAUUGAGGCCUUUGUGGUUUGCCAGAAUUAUUCUCCUCCAGAGGGUUACAUCCCCAAUAUGUCCAACCCUCUGCUGGACCAGUCAUAUGAUGUGGACUUCAACCAGCUAGACGGACCAAACCGUGUCAUUGUUCCCUUCAUUGCAUGUGGAGAUCUUAGCGCCUUUGAUUCAGACAGAACUUAUCCCCUUCAGCUUGAUGCCAGUAAAGAGUACCAGUACAUUCCCCCCACACAGCCACCUAUCCGGCCUCCAUAUGACCAGGCCUGCCACUUGCGCAAACACAACUUGCUGUCCAGAGAGGAUGCUCCUCCCAUCAGUCCCACCCAGAGCCGAGAAGAACAGGAACCAUAAGCCAAGACCUCAUGACCUUUAAGUAGUGCGAGUGGGAAAAGGCCCUAGACAUCCUGCAGAUCAUAAUCUAUUAAGUCUUCCUGGUUCUUCAAGCAAGCAGUAGGAUGUUUUAAUGAGUUGACAUCUGGAAAAAAAAGGCUAUGACAUCUGAAAAAGAAAGGCUAUUUAUAAUAAUGAUGUCGUUUUUUACUCAAGAACUUUUUUAGAGGAAAAUGUGGGAGAUCUGAAUGUUGCAAGUCAAUAACUCAAAGCAAUUUGCUGGAUUUCCAGAGAUGAAGUUGUUUUUUUUUUUUUUUUUUACAGAUUUAAAUAAUGAACUGAACUUUACUGCAUUGGAUUGAUAACUAGAAUCAGUUGGAAUGUGUGUAUGAUUGGAUUGAAUUGACUUUUUUUGAAGAGUGUCUUAAGAUUACAUGAAUUUGUGCUAUGUAAACUGAAUUGAAUAUAGUAAAUAUUGCAGCAAAAUCCAUUGUUGAGUUUAAACAUUGAAAUCUUUAUUUCGAGUGUUAACUUUUAGUUAUAGAGCGCUGUAUACACUGAACAUCAUCUAAAGGCACAAACAAGGUUUGCAUCCCAACCUUCAUCCAUCACUUGGACCUGCUUAUCCACACACAGUGGCUAGGGUCCUUGUUUCCAUCUCAAGCAGUGAUUGGAUGAGAGGCAGUUAAAAUACUACACACACUCAUACCUACAUGCAAAUUACAGAGAUAAGUUUUCAAACCACUGUCUCAAGACUGGCAAAGCAUUAACCAUUUUUACGGAUCUCUCCACAUCUUUCAACCAUGGUAUUAUUUCAGCAAUAACAUUAGCUCUAUCAACAGGUGUUGUAGGUGCCUGGACUGGUGUGGGAGGAUCUUUUGGUGACAUCCCCACAUCAGAAUGGGAAACACUGUCUCUUUUUCCAGCAUGAAUAAAAAUAAAAGAAAAUUGUCAAUUAAAGUCUA